ACACGCAGCAGCGGCGGCGACAACGGCCAUGUCGACCUACGAGAAAACCCUGAUUCCUCCGCUCAAUUUCUCGAUGGUGGACUCCGGGGUGUACCGCUCCGGGUUCCCAAACAAGAAGAAUCAUGCAUUCCUCCAGAAGCUGGGUCUGCGGUCUGUCUUGUAUCUUUGCCACCAAGAGCACCGCCCCGAGAACCUCCUGUUCUUUGAGGAAAACAACAUCCAAGUGUUCCAGUGUCCCAUCGACGGCAACAAGGAGCCGUUCUUGGGCAUCAACCCCGAAGCCAUGAUCAACGCGCUGCGCCAUUUGUUGGAUGUACGGAACCACCCGAUCCUUGUCCAAUGCACCAAGGGAACGCAUCGCACAGGGUGCGUAGUGGGAUGCCUUCGCAAGGUGCAGCACUGGUCGCUGACGUCGAUCAUCGACGAAUACUGUCGCUUCGCCGGGCCACGCAUGCGCUUGCUGGACCAACAAUUUAUCGAGUUCUUUUCGCCCGUGAUCGAGUACGACGACACGCACGCACCGCGGUGGCUCUAUUAAUGUACACAUAUCGUUAUGGCGUCGCGUCGGC